AUGAGGGAAUCGUAUCACGGAAGUGUAUCGUAUCACGAGGGUAUCGUAUCACGGAAGUGUAUCGUAUCACGAGGGUAUCGUAUCGCGGAAGUGUAUCGUAUCACGAGGGUAUCGUAUCGCGGAAGUGUAUCGUAUCACGAGGGUAUCGUAUCACAGAACUCAAUGAGGGAAUCGUAUCACGGAAGUGUAUCGUAUCACGAGGGUAUCGUAUCACGGAAGUGUAUCGUAUCACGAGGGUAUCGUAUCACAGAACUCAAUGAGGGAAUCGUAUCACGAGGGUAUCGUAUCACAGAACUCAAUGAGGGAAUCGUAUCACGAGGGUAUCGGAGGUGUUUUGUAUCACGAAAGUAUCGUAUCACGGAAGUGUAUCGUAUCACGAGGGUAUCGUAUCGCGGAAGUGUAUCGUAUCACGAGGGUAUCGUAUCGCGGAAGUGUAUCGUAUCACGAGGGUAUCGUAUCACAGAACUCAAUGAGGGAAUCGUAUCACGGAAGUGUAUCGUAUCACGAGGGUAUCGUAUCACGGAAGUGUAUCGUAUCACGAGGGUAUCGUAUCACAGAACUCAAUGA